CAACGUGCUCGUGAAGCAGAAGAGGCGAUGCGUAAAAUGGCUCAGAAAGCGCGCGAGCAGCACCGACAAUUAAUAAGAACGUCGACGAGCAUCUUGCCGGCACUAAAAGACACGAAAGCUACAUCUCUAAGAGAGGCAAUCAAAAACCUGCCCAGACCACCUAAACCGAAAUCGCGCGCAGCGAUUGUGGAUUGGUUCAAGAGGGAUGAGUGGCCAAGAGGGAUCAUUUCCCGAGAUCAAGCGGAGAUUCUGCUCCAAGAUAAACCGACCGGCUCGUUUCUUGUCCGCGUUUCAGAGAGAAUAUGGGGGUAUACUGUAUCGUACGUGGUAGGUGAUGGUACGUUCAAACAUUUUCUUGUCGAACGCAUACCUGAGGGAUACCAGUUUCUUGGCACAAAUCAAGUUGUACACGAUCAGCUCUUUGAUCUUAUUUCUUACCAUGAGACUGCUCCUAUCACCGCUAAAGGCGGUGAAAUCCUCAAAUGGUCGGUUGGACAAAUGUUUCGCCCACCAGAUUAUCAUGACAUUGUACCAGACAACGCUUUUUCACAGAUGAAUAGAUUGGUAGGACGCUUUUGA